CGUUAGCGCAGGUUUCUGAGCAGCUCAGUCCUUUCUUCCGACUUUGGAAAAAUCUCCGUCUUGUUCUUCAGCACCCGGCUUUUCGUCCUGAAUUCCACCACACUCGCACCCUUCCAACUGCAACGAUGCCGUCUCAUGCAUUCAAUGUCGCAAUGACCUGCGAGGGCUGCGCAGGCGCCGUUCGCCGCAAUCUCGCAAAGCUUGAAGGCAUCGAGAAGGUCGACACGCUGGUCGCCGAUCGCAAGGUUGUCGUGAGCGGCACCGCUUCGUCGGACGACAUGCUCGCUGCCAUCAAGAAGACGGGCAAGGAGUGCUCGUACAUUGGCCAAGUCUAAAAAAAAUGAAAGCCCACGUCUUUGUUUGCUACGCAGGCGUAUGCAAAGCGUGCCGCACACGGUUGUUGUGCCAUCUUUAUCAUUUUGAUCGAAAGGUGCAUUUGUUUUUUUUGUACAUCAUCUUUUGUCCACAUUCUG